AUGGAGGCGAGGAAUGUUCUGACAGUUAAGGGAGAUGAAAACAUCCGAUGGGUAACUGCUAAUACUUCUCCUCCAAGCCGGCAGCGCUCAGGAUCCAACUCAGAGGUUGGGAAUCCAGCAAUACCGACAGAGAACACCACGUUGUUGGAGAACAGUGAUCUCACAACAUUGUUAGGAGAGGACGGUAGUUGGGACGAUGACGAUGGAACUCAGCGGACGCCGUGGAAGGGAAACGAUUGGAAGCAAUGGUGGAAACGACCGUCUAUAUUCUGGGUCCUGCCACCCCUUCUGCCCUUCACAAUUGCCUUUGGAGGUAUCGUCGUUCCGCAGAUAAAUCUCUCCUUGACCCUUAUUUGCCGCGAGUAUCUCUCCGGUAGAGCCGUACAGGAUCCUACGUUUACGUAUCUUCCGGUUGUUUUUGGAGAUAAUAACCCCCAAUGUCGACUCCCCGAAAUCCAGGCCCUCGUAUCAAAAUUUCAACUGAAAUUGAACUUAAUUAUUGGCAUUCUUGCAGCUAUAGCAAGCCCAAGGCUUGGAAUCCUAACAGAUGGUUAUGGAAGAAACAGAAUCAUUGCCCUGUCAGCUUUUGGAACCUUGCUUGCUCAAAUUGUCCUGCUGGUGGUGGCAUCCCAGGAUGGCCGGCUCUCGGUGAAUUUUCUACUUCUCGCAGCAGUGUUUGAUGGAAUGUUUGGGUCCAUCACAACCGCCGUAGCCCUAACGCAAUCGUAUGCGGCAGAUUGCGUUACCACACACAACAGGAACGUCGCCUUUGGAUAUUUCCAUGGUGUUCUAUUUACUGGUAUCGCUCUGGGACCUCUGAUUGCGGGGUACCUCAUCAAAUGGACGGGGAAUAUUCUCGUCGUGUUCUAUGGAGUCAUAUUCUGUCUGCUGUUUUUCGUGCUUUUCAUGCUAUUUGUCGUACCAGAGUCACUGUCUGAGGACCGCCAGCACCACAAUCGCGAGCAUCUCGGGAUACGAUUCUUCAACUUCCCUAAGGUUUCUCACUGGUUGUUGGCGGAUUUUAACCCGUUGAAUCUUCUAAGGCCCCUCUCCAUCCUAUUUCCCAGUUCCGCGAAGUCACGCUCUAGGAACGCCCUGCGAGAUCUACAGGCGAACCUGAUUCUUCUUGCAUCCGUUGACGCUGCGAUCUUCGGUGUCGGAAUGGGAACUAUGUCGAUCAUCGUGAUAUACUCUGAGUACAUGUUCAAUUGGGGAAACUUCGAGUCGAGCAUCUUCGUGUCUAUAGUCAGCUCUGUCAGGGUUGUCAUGCUGCUAGUGAUUCUCCCGACAAUAACUCGCUUUGUCCGUGGCCCACAGAGCCAACGGAAGCAGCUCAAUACAGGCUCUGAUAUGCUAGACAUAGUCCUAAUUCGACUCUCCACACUCUUCGACUUGCUUGGAUGCGUUGGGUAUUGCGUCGCGUGGAAUGGGGAGCUCCUGGUUUUCUCAGGCGCAACUGCAGCUAUGGGCGCAAUGGCUUCCCCAACGCUCACGUCUUCGUUGACAAAGCACAUUCCGGCCAAUCGCACCGGCCAGCUUCUCGGAGCGAUAGGUUUGCUCCAUGCGCUUGCUCGUGUGGUGGCGCCAACGGUUUUCAAUCAGAUAUAUAGUUCGACUGUUGGUAAUCUUCCGCAGGCAGUGUUUGUGUGCCUCUCUGCAACCAUGCUUUUAGCUCUCGUCGGGUCGUAUUUCAUUAAACCUCAUGUAUAUAUGGACGACGAGGCCGACACGCACUACGACGGUUCCGAGACAGUUGAAGAAAAUUAG